AUGACAGAUUUAACCUUCGCAGUUGUCACAGUGAGUACAACGUGCUAUGAUGAUCCUAUAAGAGAUCAUUCAGGACCAGCGCUCAUUAAAUAUAUGGCUGAUAAAUCAAAUAAUACUGUUCAAUGGAUACAUUUAGCAUCUACAGUCGUACCUGACAAUCAAACUCAUGUCAAGGAAACAUUAUUAAAAUUAAGUGCUGAAUUACAUCCACAUUUGAUUUUAACAACUGGUGGAACAGGAAUUAGUCCAGAUGAUGUUACACCUGAAGCUACACGUGAAGUGAUUACAAGAGAAAUUCCUGGUAUGUCACAAACAAUGGUAGCAAAAUCAUUGGCCAUUACACCAAUGGCAAUGAUAUCCAGACCAGUAUGUGGUAUUUAUCAAAAAACAUUGAUUAUCAAUUUACCAGGCAGUGUUAAAGGCUGUGUAGAAUGCUUGGAUUUCGUUUAUCCGAUUCUACGACAUGCAAUAGAUUUGAUUCAAAAUAAACGAGCCGAAGUUGCGAUUACUCAUUCCGCUAUGCAAGGAAAAACGAUAAGAAAACAUCAUUCUUGUGGUGGAGAUCAUCAUCAUCAUGUCGGACCUGUUAAUAAAGGUGAACGAUUACGUCAAUCUCCAUAUCCAAUGAUAUCUGUUGAUGAUGCAAUGAAAAUUAUUUUUGAACAAGCUAAUAAAAUGCCCAUCAUAGACAAACCUCUAACUGAAUGUUUGAAUUAUAUUUGUACUGAAGAAGUUGUUGCUAAAGAACCAUUUCCACCUUUUCGAGCAUCGAUUAAAGAUGGUUAUGCUGUUCAUUUAUAUUCCGAUCAAUCUCAUGAACAAAUCUAUGAAAUUAUUGGACGAUCAGAUGCUGGAGGAGAAAAUAAUAAUAUUCCAUUGAAUGAAGGACAAUGUGUAGUAAUUAAUACCGGUGCUAAAUUACCUGAUUCUGCUAAUGCUGUUAUUCAAAUUGAAGAUACACAAGUUCAUGAAUAUCAUGCAACAAAAAUCAAUGGUUUAAAUGAGAAAAGUAUUCGUAUUAAUACUGUAUGUUCUAUAAAUCAAGAUAUUAGAGAUAUUGGUGAUGAUGUUACUAUUAAUGAACUUGUUUUGGAAAAGAAUGUAUCAUUAGGUCCAGCUGAACUAGGUCUUCUUGCUACAGUUGGUUUACAAUCUAUUCGUGUUUAUGAUCAACCACAUGUUGCUGUUCUUUCAACUGGCAAUGAAUUAAUGCCAAUUGAUGAACCAUCAACUAAUAAUGGAAAAAUACGUGAUAGUAAUAAAAUCAUGCUUAUGAGUGCAUUAAAAAAUUUAAAUAUUCAAAAUAUUAUUGAUGGUGGUACCGCAAAAGACGAUGAAACAUCAGUUAUUCAAACAUUACAAUCAGCUUUUGAAGUAGCUGAUGUUAUUAUAUCAACAGGUGGUGUUUCUAUGGGUGAUAAAGAUCUUAUCAAAUCAAUCUUAAUAGAAAAAUUUCAUGCGACAAUUCAUUUUGGUCGUUUACAAAUGAAACCUGGUAAACCAACUACAUUUGCAACAUGUGAAAUAAAUGGAAAGAAAAAACUUUUCUUCGGUUUACCAGGCAAUCCAGUCUCAGCUUUAGUAAGCUAUUGGUUACUUGUUAUUCCAACACUUAAACAUAUGAUGGGAUAUAUACAACCUCAUCAUCCAAGAAUUCGUGUUCAGCUUAAUCAGCCAAUUGAAUAUCUCGAUCCUCGACCAGAAUAUAUUCGUGUAAUUAUUGAAUGGUCAACUAAAUCUUCAAUUCCAAUAGCAUCUAUUGUUUCACCAGAUAAUCAAUGUAGUUCACGUUUACUAAGUGCUCGACGUUGUACAGGUUUAGCAUGUUUACCAGGUAAAAAUGAUGUCGAUUCAUCAUUUUUUAAUACUAAUCAAGGUGGUCUUGGUCAACAAGUUGAUUGUUUGCUUUUGUCUUUAUAA